AUGUCCAAGGCUAAUGAAAAGUUACCAGAUCUGUUGGCAGAUGCUGUGUUGAAAGAAUCGGUACCAGUUCCAGAUGAUUUCGUUAAAAUUCACGGUAUCGAUUAUUCAAAGCCUGAAUCUACCGAUAUGAAGGCCAGUGAUUUGAUUGAAGCCAUGAAGACAAUGGGAUUCCAAGCCAGUUCAUUGGGCCAAGCUUGUGAAAUCAUUAACAACAUGAGAUCUUGGAGAGGAAGACAUAUUGAUGAAUUAGAAGAUCAUGAAAAGAAGGGCUCAUUUGAUGAUGAAGGUUACCAAAAGACUACAAUUUUUAUGGGUUACACUUCUAAUUUGAUCAGUUCCGGUCUACGUGAGACUUUGGCUUAUUUGGUUAAGAAUAAGAUGGUCGAUGCCGUUGUUGCCAGUGCCGGUGGUGUCGAAGAAGAUCUUAUCAAAUGCUUAGCACCAACUUAUUUAGGUAAGUUCUCCUUGAAAGGUGCAUCAUUGCGUGACCAGGGUCUUAACCGUAUUGGUAACCUUUUGGUGCCAAAUGAUAACUACUGUAAAUUCGAAGAGUGGAUCGUCCCUAUCCUAGAUAAAAUGUUGGAAGAGCAGGAUGAGUACGUUGCUAAGAACGGCGCGGACUGCUUAGAAGCUAACCAGGACGUCAACUCUCCAAUUUGGACCCCAUCCAAAAUGAUCGACCGUUUAGGUAAAGAGAUCAACGAUGAGUCUUCAGUGCUGUACUGGGCUCACAAAAACAAAAUUCCAGUUUUCUGUCCAUCGAUAACGGACGGGUCUAUUGGAGAUAUGCUUUUCUUCCACACGUUUAAAGCUUCUCCAAAGCAAUUGAGGGUUGAUAUCGUAGCUGACAUCCGUAAGAUCAACUCGAUCUCCAUGGAGGCAUCCAGGGCCGGUAUGAUUAUUCUUGGAGGUGGGUUGAUUAAGCAUCACAUCGCAAACGCCUGUCUGAUGAGAAACGGUGCCGACUAUGCCGUUUACAUCAACACCGGCCAAGAGUUCGAUGGGUCCGAUGCAGGUGCAAGACCUGACGAAGCUGUUUCUUGGGGUAAAAUCAAGGCUGAAGCCAAAUCUGUCAAAGUUUACGCCGACGCUACUAUCGUCUUCCCUCUCGUCGUAGCAGCCACUUUUGCUAGCGGUAAGAAGCUCGAAAGAACUAGUGAUUAA